AUGGCGCCUUCGUCAUCAUUGCCCGAAAGAUGCUGGGGACCCGAGCCAUUGACACGAGAGUUUCUGAUUGCGUUGCUACAUCGUCUGACAGCAGUCUGGUUCCGUCCCGAGACUGCGAUACUCUCUUGCACGACCCAAAACAGCUGUCAUGGUCCAGGAUUGACCAGCGCGCAAAGCCAGGCAAGCGGCAGAAUGCAGCUGAGAACACUGCAUAGUGUAGGGGCAGACGUCUCUUGGAUCAGCGAUCACGAGCACAAACGCACCUUGUAUAGGCGCCGGCCACAGGUCGCUCUCUGCUCCUACGUGAAGAUCGUGCCUCCAGUCCAGCCUUCGCAACUUACAAUGUCCCUUCUUGAUGAAUCAUACGAUUUCAAGCCCGCCACUAGAGAUAAAGUAGCCACUUGUUCCUACAUCGACCUACCGGACGUAGACGAUGUAUUCGUGAAUGACGAUGCAUGCUAUAUGGACUGGAAGAUGGGGAACACGGCAAAAACAGACAGUUUUACUAUCCAGUCUGUACCACACAGCGACGAAGAGCACAUCCCCGACUUGUCUGAACUGAAUCUCGAAAGCCCGUGCGGAGACCCACAUCUCACUCCGAAGCUGAGAUCGUUGGAGCUAAAGACCGAGCUCACAUUUGACAAUCAAGAAUCAAUAUCAGAAUCUUCUGGAGAGACCAACACUCAGCCUAUGGCUCAGGCCCAGAGUGCGGCGCCACAAAAUGUUCGCCUCGGUCCUCUUCUGGACGGUCUCUCGAACGCCCUCAGGCUAGAGGUCGACCAGAGGUGGAACGCGUGGCUUGAACCCAUUAAUGCGUGGCUCGAGCCUCUCAAGAUGUGGUUCUGA